AUGAUUGCUUGGGUGGUUGGGAUGCUCGGUGUAGUUGUUGAUUCUUCUGGGUUUGUGCCUCUUGCCGAUGCUGACCCUCUCUGUUGUAUUGCUCUGCUGUUGCGUCUGGGCCAGCUUCGUUCAGUUGAUUCUUCUUCGUCUGCAGUGAGUUUAUUGGUGGUCGUCCACGCUUCUUUUUGGUUUUACCAAGGAUUAGCUCUCUCUUUGGGUUUCGACUACAGUCUCUUCAGGAGGUCCUGCAUAAUUUUCUCAGCUGAUUGGAUUCUUUGUGAUGGUCCCGGUGGGUGCUGGAGGCUAGAGAUUCUUGACGUCACUGGUUCUGCCGGGAUGGUUGAGGGAUGGUGGGUUGCAGAUCCUUCCUCUCUUACGGGUGGUGUUUGUGUGAAAUCUCUGGGAGGAGACGUCUUGAGCUUCCGGGAUAUUUUUGUGGGGAUCUAG